AUUAUUUGGGGUAAAAAAACAGGAGGAAGUAGAAAGAAAAUUGCAGAAGCUCAACGGUGUCGAGUCCAGAGCAUUGAGCAAACUACAAACACCAAACUUCAACAAAUCACUUCAAAAAAAAGAAAAGAAAAGAAAAAAAAGAGCAGAGCCAUGUCUUUACCCCCAAGGCUUUCUCGUUUAUCAUCUUCUUCCCUUCCUAAAACCCCACCUCUUCAAACACUGCUUAAACGCGGCUUCACCCCCACGCUCAAAUCCAUCAACCAGCUCCUCCUCUUUCUCUCCCGCUCCCGAAGAUUCAACGCCGUUAUCCACCUCUUCUCUCAGUUGGAUUCCAACAAAAUCAAUCCCAAUUCCCAAACUCACUCGAUCCUCAUUUGCUCUCUCCUCAAAUUGCACAAAUUCGAAGAAGCCGAACAUUUGGUGAGUACCCAGAUGUCGAAAUAUCCCGAUUUCCCCAAAACUCGGUUUUGGGAUUCUCUAAUUCAAGGAUUUGGUGUCAUCCGAAACAACCCAGAGAAGGGUCUUUUGUUGUUAAAGGAUUGCUUGAGGGAUUCUGGUACAUUGCCUUCUUCUUUUACUUUUUGUUCGUUGAUUCAUAGUUUUGUAUCUCAAGGGAAUAUGGAUAGAGCAAUUGAGGUGUUGGAGUUGAUGACAGGUGAUAAUGUUAGAUACCCUUUUGAUAAUUUUGUUUGUAGUUCAGUGAUUGUUGGUUUUUGUAAGAUUGGGAAACCUGAAGUUGCAGUUCGGUUUUUCGAAAAUUGUAUGAAUUCAGGAGCUUUAAAGCCUAAUGUUGUUACUUAUACAGCUCUUUUAAGCAGUUUUAAUCUGUUGGGUAAAUUUGAUGAGGGUUGUGAGUUGGUUUAUAGUAUGAAAAAGGAAGGGCAGGCUUUGGAUGCUAUUCUUUAUAGCUGUUGGAUUUUAGGUUACUUUAGAAAUGGGUGUUUAAUGGAGGCUUUGAGAAAAUAUAGAGAGAUGGUUGAAAGAGGAAUAAGCCCUGAUACUGUGAGCUACACUGUCCUUAUUGAUGGGUUUUCGAAGGAAGGUAGUGUUGGAAAGGCAGUUGGAUUUCUGAAGAAGAUGUUGAAAGAUGGGGUGAUGCCGAAUGUGAUUACGUAUACGGCAAUCAUGUUAGGUUUCUGUAAGGAAGGGAAAUUCGAGAAGGCAUUUAGGUUGUUCAAGGAAGUUCAAGAUAUGGGGAUUGAAGUGGAUGAGUUUAUGUAUGCAACGUUGAUUGAUGGAGCUUGUCGGAAAGGAGAUUUUGAUUGCGUCUUCCGUUUGUUAGAUGAAAUGGAGAAGAAAGGGAUUAAGCCAAGUAUUGUUACUUAUAACAUAGUCAUCAAUGGUUUGUGUAAGGUUGGGAGGACAUCUGAAGCAGAUAAUGUAUUCAAAGAAGUAGCCGGUGAUAUAAUAACGUACAGUACUCUGUUGUAUGGUUAUACCGAAGAAGGGAAUAUAAAAGGGAUUUUUAAGACGAAAGAAAAAUUGGAAAAAUCUGGUCUUUGUAUGGAUGUUGUUGCAUGUAACAUACUUAUCAAAGCAUUCUUUAUGGUUGGUGCAUUCGAAGAUGCUCGUGCACUCUACCAAGCAAUGCCGGAAAUGGAUUUAAAUGCAGAUUCGAUUACUUAUUGCACAAUGAUUGAUGGCUACUGUAAAGUGGGCAGAAUAGAGGAGGCACUUGAAGUAUUUGAUGAGUAUAGGGUGUCAUUAGUUUCUUCUGUUGCAUGCUAUAAUUGUAUAAUAAGUGGGCUAUGCAAACAGGGAAUGGUCAAUAUGGCCAUUCAGGUGAUUAUUGAACUUGGUGAGAAAGGUUUCAUUUUGGACAUGGGUAUCUCUAUGAUGUUGAUCCGGGCAGCUUUUGCUCAAAUGGGUGCAGUGGGAGUUAUGAAUUUUGUUUACAAACUCGAGAAUUUCGGGUCAGACACUUACAAUAGUUUAUGUGAUGAUGCUAUCCGUUUCUUGUGCAAAAGAGGCUUUGUUGAAACUGCAACUGAAGUGUACUUCGUGAUGAGGAGGAAGGGUUUAAUUUUGAUGAAAAGUUCGUAUAAUUUGGUAUUAGAAAAGCUUAUUUAUGGUGGGAAAACGUCUCUAGUUGGCCCUUUUCUCAAUUUCUUCCUGAAAGACUAUGGCCUUGUUGAGCCUUUUGUUGGCAAGAUUUUGGCACAAUACUUGUGUCUUAAUAAUAUGGACAUUGCACUACAGUUUCUCAAGAAAAUGGAGCAAGUAUCAACAGUCAGUUUACCUCCCUCGAUUUUGAAAAACAUUGUAAAGGAGGGUAGGUUAUUGGAUGCAUAUAAACUCGUCUUAGAAGCCAGCGAAAGUUUCGCUGAUAUGGAUGUGGUUGAUUACUCAUUCCUGGUUCAUGCCCUUUGCAAAGAAGGAUACCCUAAUCAGGCCUUAAAUCUGUGUUCUUUUGCCAAAAAUAACGGGAUUACUCCAAACAUUGUAACAUACAAUUCGGUCAUAAAUGGCUUGUGUUGUCAGGGGUGUCUUGGUGAAGCACUCCGACUAUUUGACUCGUUAGAAAAAAUUGGCUUGGUUCCCUCUAUAGUUACAUAUGCAACACUAAUUGAUAAUUUAUGUAAGCAAGGUUUACUGCUGGAAGCCAAAAAUUUAUUCGAUGGUAUGAUUUACAAGGGAUGUAAACCGAAUAUACGUGUAUAUAAUUCAUUCAUUGACAAUUACUGUAAGUUUGGUCAAAUGGAUGAAGCCUUGAAGCUUCUAUCUGAUCUUGAGAUCAAGAGUGUUAAGCCUGAUGAGUUCACUGUUAGUGCUCUGAUUUAUGGGUACUGUAUUAAGGGUGACAUGGAAGGUGCUCUUACAUUCUAUUCCGAGUUCAAAAUGAAAAAUGUAUCUCCUGAUUUCUUGGGUUUUAUUCAUAUGGUACGAGGUCUUUGUGCGAAAGGAAGGAUGGAAGAGGCAAGGAGUAUCUUGAGAGAAAUGCUUCAGACAAAAUCCGUUGUAGAGCUGAUAAAUAACAUUGAUACCAAGAUCGAGUCAGAGUCGAUAGAAAGUUUUCUUGUAUUCUUAUGUGACCAAGGAAGUAUCCAAGAAGCUCUGGUAGUUCUUAAUGAAAUCGCAUCUAUACUUUUUCCUAGUCAAAAGUGGUCCGUUCAUCAAGAAUCUCAAGCACUGAACAAUGGUUUGAAGAGUGAAGCUCUUUCCGCAGUCUCUACUGUGUCAGCUGGAUCCAACAAAAUAUCCGGUUUAGAUGGUGCAGCGGAAUACUAUGAUAUUGGAAAAGAGGAAUCUCAAUUUCGUAGUUUUGACUUUUACUAUUCCUUACUUAGUUCACUCUGUUCGAAAGGGGAGCUGCACAAGGCAAAUAAAGUUAUGAAUGAUAUGCUUUCGAGCUUGCAGGGAGAUAUGUAGUCAAAUUACUUUUAUUUGGCUGCCAUGACUAAAACCUAAAACUUUCUCUGCCCGGGAGAUAGGACAAGAAGCGAUGUACUUACAGGCUAAGGCUUGUCUGUUUCUGAUAAACAAUAACCAUGCCAUUUAAACUUCUUAUCUUCCAGAAGGCCUGCCUGUUUCUGGUUAAAUUUGUUUUUUGAGAUUUUCAUAUAUUUGGAGAGUCCUUGGAGGAUCAUAUCCUCAACUGAAGUUCGGAAAUGGGCAAGAUGCGGGUGUCAGACAUGGGUACUCCAAGAAAAAUGAAAAGUCAGGAGCAACAUAGCCAUUAGGUUUCAUGUCAAUAUUGGGGCAUAUACAAAAAUCAUAUUCGGUGGUAAAUGUAUCAUGGAGGUCCCUGCACUAAGAGUUAGAUUGCAUUUUGCUUCCUUCACUCAAAAAAUGGGCAAAUUAGUCCCUGUACAUUUUAUCUAAGAGUAAAUUGGUCUUUUUUGUUAAAAUUUCAUCCUUUUUUACUGUUAAAAACUGGUGUGGCUAAUGAAAUAAUUAGAUAGUUACAUCUGGAGUGCCACAUGUACCUUAUGCUAACAUACAGGUACCAGUUUUUAAUAGUAAAAAUGGAUGGAAUUUUUAUCAGAAGAACCUGUUAUUCUUUGAUCUAAUGUACAAUGACUAAUUUGCUUAUUUUUUUUAGUAAAGUGGGCAAAAUGCAAUCUGACCCCUAAUACAGAGGCCUCCAUGGUAUUUUUACCAUAUUACGGUAUAAGUAUUUGUUAAUCAUACUCCGUGCAUGUACAAGUUUUAUGUUUCUGACUCAAUCAUUCAUGUUCUUGUUUAUUACAUCUGGGUUUGGAUGGCAGAAAUUGCAUUGCUGAUGCACGUUUCAUGCUGGCCAUUUUUCCAGGUUGAUCUUGGUGAUAUUGCAAACCGGUCAGUAACACUUGUUGACUGGUCUGCAAGAAUCGGCAUUGAGAAUCAUCUGGCUCGGGAUGUUACCCAUGAGCUUCUAAAGGAUAUCAUGAGCGGGUGCAACCUUGCCUAAAGAACGGAAUCAAACAACCAUUUUACCUAUUUUGCAAGGAAAUUCUACCCAGAAACCCUACAUAAAUUGAUGAUCCUCCUCAUCUCUGACUGCGGAUUUUUUGGACGGAUUAGAGCAAAACUGCAGGUUAUCAAGUUGUUGGUGGUGUGUCCUAGACGGGUAAUUUCUUGUCCAACCACCCCUCACAUCUUUUCCAUUGAUACAUAUUCUAUACCCAUAUACAUACACAUACAUGUAUGUGCAUAUACGUAUUUGUACGUACAUGUGUUUGAAGGAAUUUUUGGAGAUUCAUAAACAAGAGUGAACUGAUGCACUAGGUAAGAAAAAAUAGAUGUUUUAUUGUUCAGAAUUGAUUCAGGUAUAAAUUUUAGAUAUUCGUUAUUUGAUUCUUUGUAAUAAAGUCAAAUUGAGCA